AUGUCGAAUAUCAUUCCAUCCGAUACACAACUGACAGCACCAGCACCAGCACCAGCACCAACAACAACAACGGAAAACGAAUUAGACGAUCUUGUGUCUCAACUUCGUCAGACGAUCAAUAAAGGCGAUUGGCUUGUUCAAAAUACCUCAAAAAAAUGGGAAGAAGAAAAUCCCGAAUUAGCUAAACAAUGGCGUGAAGCAUUAAAAGCUAAUCAAACAGAUGACACAAUCGAACAAUAG